CACCCCCUACUCGAUAUGUGCCCGCAACCAAGGUACAUGCCCUUGACCGGAAUCGAACCUGGGACCCUUGAGUCUGCAGGCCGAUGCUCUAUCCACUGAGCCAAACCAGUUAGGGCUGGCCUCUAAUCUUUACCCGUCUCCCUCUGCGCACCGCCCCCCCCCGCCCCCCAUCUCCUGCAGCUUUAUGAUUAAUCUGCCCCAGGAGACAGAGAAGCUGGACCUGCAUUUCAACCCCAUUGUCUGCAACUCAUUGGAGGGCAACAACUGGGGGCAGGAGCAAUGGGAAGAUCACUUGUGCUUCAGCCCAGGGUCAGAGGUCAAGUUCACCGUGACCUUCGAGAGUGACAGAUUCAAGGUGAAGCUGCCAGACAGGCACCAGUUGGCCUUUCCCGACAGGCUGGGCCACAGCCACCUGAGCUCCCUGAGUGCUGGGUGGGUUCAACAUCUCCUCCUCCAAGCCUGA